AUGUCCACAGAUGUUUCAUUCAUCAAUUCUACACCUCCUUCAAUCAAUUCAUCUUGUUCCGAUUUUUCUCAAGACAUCAAUUUCUGUUCGGAGACUCCAUUAAAAACAACGAUGGACACAGAGAGAAUAAAACGGUAUAGGAUUUACCUUGGUUUAGACACUUCGGAAAGUACCACAGAGCUCUCACCUCAGUCUUUAAUAGAACACCAAUGUAUGAACACUAAUAUCUGUUAUUGGGAGUAUCUAGCGCUUAUUCAGAAGUAUUACACAUUCGACAAAAAACCCAAAAAGCCAUCGAACAUCGCGCUCUGUGCCUUUUCGACGUCAUUUUUGAAAGCUGUGAGUGGUGGUGAUCGCUACAAAAGUUCGGACUUUACUAAGUACCCUUCCGACAAAAGAAAGGUCUUAGAGGCGAUUGAUACAGACUUAUCACGAAUCACAAAUCGACUCUUUUUUCCCAAAAACUCGAAGUAUAGAAAUGUGUAUUUACUCGCCUCACUUCGAAGAAUAUGUUUCAUCAUUUGUUACACUGAGAAAGGUUGCUUAUAUCGUCAAGGGCUGAUUGACUUGAUAAUACCAUUAUUCACGUUACUUCGCGUUGAAGAUGUUGAAGAGAACCCAAGUGUCAUCCCAUUUUUUGAGCCAUGUGUGUAUCAAUUGGGAUGUUUUGUAUACAAAAUAAUUAACCAAUUUUUUUACAGGCAGAAAGCUUCUGAAUUAUUUGGGAUGGUCGUGUAUGAACGCUUAUUAAAACAUAUUAAACCAGACCUCCAACAGCACUUGCAUGAGAUUAAUAUCCACCCAAUUUAUUACGCAUUUGAACCAAUAUUCACCUUAUGUUCGAGGUAUUUUAAUGAUGGAGAUCUCUUUAAAUUGUUGGACAGAGUAUAUAAUUCCCCACAAUUCUCGUUUAUACAUUUCUUUAUGAUCUCCGUGUUGUUAACAAAACAGUCACAAAUUAUGACCGCAACUGACGAAUGUGAGGCUAUGCCUUUUUUAACACAAUUCUUCCCUCUUGAAGACUUUGAUAGUGUUUUUACUACGGCUGCAGUUUUAUACGAACACAAUAUUGACAAUUACUCAUCGAUUGUAGAGCAACUCAACAUUGAGUGGUCUGCGUAA